GUCACAAGUUCAACAGAUUAAAACAAAGGCUAUGGAUGAAGUGGGUAAUUAUUUGAGCAGAGAGGAUGAAUAUGCAUUGUCAAUUUAUCCUAAGGAUGUUGUGGAUCGAUUGAAGAAAAUGGUUGCUGAUAUACAUAAAACUUUACAAGAGAUUCAAAGUCACUAUGUUGUUGAUGUCAAAAAGAUUGAUUUUGAUUUGGUGCCUGCGAUAUCUCAGACACCUUCUCUAAAGAAAACAGCAACACACCAUGCUAGUGAAUCAAGCAACCAAUCUUAUCAUGAAACUAGGGGUCAUCGUUGGACAGAGGAUGAGCACAAGUUAUUUAUUGAGGGAUUGGACAAGCAUGGAAAGGGUGACUGGAAAAGUAUAUCAAUGCACAUGAGAACAAGAACACCUACACAAGUAGCAAGUCAUGCUCAGAAAUACUUCAAUCAUUGGAAGUCAAUCAAUGAGAAUAAGAAAAGAAGGCGGCGACCGAGCAUACACGAUGUCACUCAUCUGGAAAAUAGAAAUACUUCAGCACACCAACGACCAGUUAUUGGCCAAACAAGCAAUCCAACCCCUGGACACAUGGAUUAUGGUUUUGGGUCUGUUCCUGAGACUGUUAUUCCAGAGGCACUAAUGAAUUUGGGUCCUAUGUCAUAUCCCAUGCAUCAUUCAUAUACUCUAUGAUGAAGUGCUGAUCAGAGGCCUAUAGUGUGCAUAGAAACAUCAGUUAGCUUAUAAUUCUUUUUUUAUAUUCCUAUCUUGUUGCUUAUAUGCAAACAAAUCAAUUAUUUCAAAUAAGUCAUUGGAUAUAUUUGACAUCCUUGACAAUAGGCAGGAAUUAAGUUAGUUUAAUUUGUAGGAACUUAGAUGCUAAUAGAUAUGCAAGUUACUGCA